AUGGCUUUUUCUCGCAUGUCCACGUCCUCCAUCACAAUAAGUUUGCCCGGCACCAUUUCUGCAGAAUCCUUUCAGUUUAAAGAUCACAGUAAGGGUGCGCUGCUGGGUUUAAGGCCAAGGAUUGAGAUGGGAGAUGCAGUCAUUCGUAUCCAAAGGAUUUGGAGAUGCUACCACAAUAGAAAGAUGUUUAAACUUCUUAAGCAAGCGGCCCGUGCUGCUGAAACAUCUGCAACAUAUAAUAUAUUGAAGAAAGUUAGCCCAUUAGAGGCAGAAUUAUUAAGAGAUCCUGGCAUGCAGUGUAAGGUCAGAUUCAGAUUUGCAGGUUAUGAGUUUCCGCCUUUCAUAGUCUUUAAAAUUUUUCAUCAUACUGGUGGUUAUGGAAACCGAUACAUAAGUGGAAAGAGAAUAAUUAAUCCUUCAAGUGGGGGUGCAGAGGAUGCCUGCAAACUAAUGGGGCAUCGUGCUUACUACGAGCAAAUGAUAUGUGAUGAACUCGAGUAUCGUAAACAUAGAAUAACCAAUGUCAUAGAUGUAGCAACCUUGAAAGAUUACAUGCAAUAUAUCAGUCACCUAGAUGAGACACCUGCUCACCUUGGAGGACGUGAUAACUGCUGGAGGAGGCUGUCUCUCAAAAAUGUGCCAAGGACAACGAUUAUGUAUGAUAUAGUAGACUACGCGGAGUCUGGAACGCUUUCAGAUAGACUUAAACAGGAAAUGAAGUUACUCCUGCAGGUCCCUAACACAGAAGAUAUUCAACGAAGGCAACUCAGUGCUAUAACCCAAGUCAGAUCUCCUGCACCACCACCUUCUUCAGCAGUCUCUGCGUUUCUAUCUUCUCCACAUGCUCCUAGACACUCAUCACGACGCUCUCAGAAGGCUCGCUUGAAAGUAGCAAAAAUGAGGAGAAUUUAUGGUUUAGAGAAAGAGGAUCACACAUCUAACUCCACAGAAGUCAACACCAGCCAGGUCUACAAUUUAAAUGAGAAGCUGGAUCAGGUGGCCUUUUCAGAUGAAGACUGGGAAGAAGAAGCUGAGAAACUUUAUACUUGGAGCCAAGGACUGUCCGUGGAUGAAACAAGAGUACCAUCACCAGUAUUUCACUAACAAAGUCCUAUUAUAACUUGGCUGUGUGGUUGGAAGUGGAAAAUGACAAUUUAUGUAUUCCAGUUAUUGUCAAUACAGGUAUAUGAAUGUUACCACAGUGUGUUUAUCUGCUUCCUACCAAAUGAGCCUGGAACAUUGUCCCAAAAUGCAUUGAUAUAAUUAACUGGUUAAAUAUGGAUUGUUGAACAAAAACAGACUCUAAAUUUCAGAAUGCCCCCCUUGAGCCCAAAAUGCACAAACGUGUCACUUAAACCUAAAUAUGA